UCCCACGCGUAUCGAAGCAUCAGCCUCCACUCCACCUCGCCGACCCAAACUGUUUUCUUCACCGUCCUUCCAAAACCGAACGAACCGCCAUUUGUUUCUGUACCCGUCCAUUACCUCACCUUCUUCUUCCUUACUUUUCUGCCUGAAAUUUUUCCUGGAUAAUUCAAAACCCAUCGCAUUGCACUUCCCAAAACCAGCUGAGCUCCCCCAAUAAACCCGUCCCCUCCCCUUCUUUCUCUCCACACAGAGGGAGAGAGAGAGUGAGAGAAAAAAAAGAAAGAAACAGAAUGGCAGUCUGUACUGUAUACACCGUUCAAUCCUUGAACUCCCCUUGUUCAUUUUCUAGAUCCACGAAAACCCAGUUCGGAUUUCGCGGGGAAAAGGUGGUUUUCUACGGCGGCAACAGAGGUGGUGCUAUUACAUGCUCGGCGGACGAGAAGACGGUGGUGAUCGGCUUGGCGGCGGAUUCAGGGUGCGGGAAGAGCACGUUCAUGCGGCGACUGACGAGCGUGUUUGGUGGCUCAGCUGAGCCGCCGAAGGGAGGGAACCCGGACUCCAACACGCUGAUCAGUGACAUGACCACUGUGAUUUGUUUGGAUGAUUUCCACUUGCUGGAUAGGAAUGGAAGGAAGGAGAAGGGGGUGACUGCGCUUCAUCCGAGAGCCAAUAACUUUGAUCUUAUGUUUGAGCAGAUUAAGGCUCUGAAAGAGGGGAAAGCUGUGGAGAAGCCGAUUUACAAUCAUGUUACUGGUUUGUUGGAUGCUCCAGAGAUUAUCAAGCCCCCCAGGAUCCUUGUCAUUGAAGGCCUGCACCCAAUGUAUGAUAAACGUGUGAGAGACCUCUUGGACUUCAGUAUCUAUUUGGACAUCAGCAAUGAGGUUAAAUUCGCAUGGAAAAUUCAGAGGGACGUGGCAGAGCGAGGACACAGUCUCGAAAGCAUUAAAGCCAGCAUCGAAGCCCGCAGGACAGAUUUUGAUACUUACAUUGAUCCGCAGAAGCAAUACGCGGAUGCAGUGAUCGAAGUGCUGCCUACUCGACUCAUCCCCGACGAUGAUCAGGGCAAGUUCUUGAGAGUAAGGCUGAUAAUGAAAGAAGGGAUGAAGCUUUUCAGCCCGGUUUACCUGUUCGACGAAGGCUCCACCAUCGCCUGGGUACCCUGCGGGAGGAAGCUGACAUGCUCCUACCCGGGCAUCAAGUUCUUCUACGGCCCUGAGACAUAUUUCGGCCAUGAGGUGUGUGUUUUGGAGAUGGAUGGCCAGUUUGAUAGAUUGGACGAGCUGAUAUACAUAGAGAGCCAUCUGAGCAACAUUUCCACCAAAUUCUACGGCGAAGUUACCCAACAAAUGUUGAAACAUUCAGAUUUUCCGGGCAGUAACAAUGGAACUGGUCUCUUCCAAACCAUUAUCGGAUUGAAGAUCAGAGAUCUCUACGAACAGAUCAUCGCCGGCGGCAAGGCGGCUGCAUCUCCAUUACAAGCCACCAACGCCUAGAAUUUCACUUCCCCUUCAGAUUUCUUCUCUUUCUCUUUGAGAUUACACUCAACUGGUAUUUAUUCUUGUGAAGAUAUUGUAACAUUGGAACUUGGUGAAGAUUUGUAGUAUACAUAAAGCAAAGGAGAAAUGGAUUUGAAAUUCUGAAU